CCCAAUCCUCUCACAUCCUGCAUUGCUUCACUAUGCUGCCUCCACAGCUUCUCACACGACGAAUACCAAGUCUCCUUCGGCCAUUACGGCCACCGAUAUACUAUACCCGACCCACGAAACCCCGCUUUUUUACCAUCAACGGGCCCAAACUCAUAAUCACCCCCCCUUCCGCUCGACACAGACCGCAGCUCCCCUUCCUUCACUCCCCUUCCGCCGCCCGGCCCACCCCAGCAACUACCAAUGGCCUCUUGAAUGCCGCCUUACUGCGCCUCCAGAUCCCCCGUCUAAUCAGCACAGAGCGCAAAGCCUACUACCAGAGGAUAUACCGAGGCUUAAAAAUCGGCCUGAGCAUAUAUGCAGCCAUAGUACUCCUCUUCGUGAUCCGAGUGGGUUUCUCACAAGAGAAUUACGAGAAACUAUUCCCCACACCGCCGGAAUGGACGUUUAGGAGUCGUUGGAAACUGCGUACAGCGCGGGCUAGAGCGCACCCGGAGCUAUUUCAUAAAUUACAAACAAGCUGGGCGAGCGUGGGGAACUUCUAUGUGGAUUUACUGGCGAGAUUGGAGGAUCCGGAGAUUGAUGGGAAGGGGCUGAAGGAGCAGGAGGAAGGGGGUUUACUGAUUGAGGGCGUCGGGAAGGCGGGGUAUGAUAUUUCGGAUAUGAGUGAGGCGUGGAAGAUUGGAUAUUUCCAGGCGCUCAUGGGCGCUGGAGAGGCUGCGGAGAAAUUGGAUGGAUGGGUGGAGGAUACGGAGCAGCAGAUUGUUGGCCCUGCGGAGUGUGUACUUGGUCCGUCGAAUGCGAUGCCGCAGCUUCUUCCGGGGACGAAGAAGAUGCUCAAGGAGGAGAACUGUGUGCCGGCCUAUGAGAGCCCUGAGGUGUUUUAUAUGAAGAUCCUGACGACGAAGGGAUUUGAGACGCAUCAGAAACUUGAUGCUGCGCUGGCUUAUGCUGAUUGGUUAGAUUUCAAGGGUUUGAAGGAGACUGCGGGAGAUGUGUAUAGUUGGGCGAUGGAUAUUGCUACUUCAGGACUACCAGGGGACGUAGAUCCAAAGAAUGUUGUGGAUCAGAACACCGGUAUUUUGAAAGAGCGAGGGGAUGCAUAUGUGACGGAGAACUUGUUACGGGCAUCGACCGCCCUUGGCGUACACCAGGUGCGUUUGGGUGAUUUAUCGACAGCAUUAUCUAUUUUCGUGUCUGUCUUGAGGGCUCGUCGAUCCCUUCCUCAAGAAGAUGAGGACUCUACAGCAAGAUCCCAGGCAAUUUCUCCUCCACCAAAUGAGUCGAAGUCGAAGAACGACUCUUCCCUUACCCGUAUUUCCAAAUCUAUCCUCUCCUUCCUCACACCUCCUGAAUACCCGCUCCCAACCCGAACCGGCAACGAGCGCGCAGUGCGCUCCCUCUACACCACCUGCGAAGAAGCAGGCCUGAUGGUAUACAUUGGCGAGAUAAUCUUUGCCUCCUCGUCGCAAGAGCGUGGCCUAGCAUGGACCCGUGAUGCUGUAGACCUAGCCGAAGCCACCAUCCUCCAACUCAAUGGUGAUGAGGAAGAAAGUUCCCAUCCCACCUCUGCCGUCAUGUCACCAAACAACACCGGCAGCAGCAGCCACAGCUUGUCCAUGAACCAUUCCGACGCACACCAGCGUUGCCGGGAGUGUGUCAAGGCAGGUCUAGAUAAUUGGAAGCAGAUGGUGCGUCGGUUAGUUGUCAAAGCGGAAAAUGAGGAGUUGGAGAGCAUGGAUAGGGCUGGUAAGGGGUCGUGGUUGUGGUGGUCUGGGCUAGGUAGGAAUAAGGUGAAGGAGAUGGAGAUGGAGAGGAGACGGUGGGAGGCUGAGGAAUUGAUUGUUAAGGAGCGAGAGAAGACGUUGAGGUAUAUCUUGGGUAAUCCGGGAUUUGCGGAUUAUGGGAUGUCGGUGGUUGUGGGGUGAUUUGAAUAUGAAAAUGAUUAGUUGUAACCUUUAUUCUUCACCCUUUCUUUUCGAGGGAGGGCUGCUUGGUUUGUGGUUUGUAUUAUUAUUUACGGACUUAGCUUACUUCGGGGUGUUUAUUUUUGCGUGGGAUGGUUUAUUUCCUCGUAUGUCCUGUCACUAUUCAGCAGAACUAUAUAGCCCGCUUCCUUGUUUUCCGCGAAAAGUAUGACUUGAUCCAUGGGUUUCACUUUCCACUACAUUCUUCGAAGGACGAGCGAAAGGCAUGUAUAUAGAAACUGCGGAUUCAAGUCAGUCACUUAGCCCAAACGAACUAAGUCUCAUGGGCCAGUCUACCCCUAUGAGAUAAUAGCAACUGUGAGCAGUUCGUUCAUAGCCCACAAAUUUUGUUUCUGACAGUUGCGCCCCAUCCAAUUGCCCAGCGUGGCCAAAAUCGUAGGUAGAGGC